AACCGGUGUUAGGAGCUAGAUGGUCCUAUUUCUUUCAUUGACUUCAUAACUGCAUUUUUACUGUAUGUGCCGAGCUGAUGAAUAUGAUCUAAGUAUAUGACUGUGUAUUAUCGAAAAAGGAUGUUCUCUGCCACCCUCACCGAUGAACAGCAGAGACAUGUGGCGAAGAGUGUUACGAAUCUGCUUUCUCUUUACAAGCACAUCUCAGAUUCAUACAUCAUUGAGUUUUUCAGUGAAAAUCUCUGGGAGUCCUUGCCAUUAAGCUGGCAGGAGCCUCUAAAUCAGCUGUCACCACCACAGAUUGCUGAUCUACUGCUUGACAAAAGUGUCACAAAUAGAGGAUAUCCAUCUGUCUGGCCUCUCUCUCUCCUCGCCUUCCGAGCCUCUGCCCAUGCGUUGGCCUAUCCGAGAGUCCCUCCUGAUCAGGGGUCAAUCCAUCCUGGGAUAAAGCCGGAAGAAUUCCACAGCAAUCAAAGCCAGAGUUCCCUCUUAGGACACAUCUUCCGAAAGCAUGUGAAACCAAAGAAGCAGCAUGAGAUUCGCAGGCUGGGGAUGAUGGUGACAAAUCUGUGUCAACAGACCAACUGUGAUGACGUGGUUGACGUGGGUUCAGGACAGGGGCACCUGACACGUUUUUUAUCCUUUGGGCUUGGCUUGUCUGUCACUGCAAUUGAGGCAGAUGCCAACCUGGUGUCAAUGGCCAAAAAGUUUGACGGACAGCUCCGCUCUACACUGGAAAAGGAGAGGCUCAGAAAGACUGACGCUAACCAUCUUCCCCAAGUGGUGUCUGGUCCGUCACCUCAUCACGUUGUAGGCUGGGUCAAUCCAAAGGCCUCGUGGGAAGACUUUAUCGAGCAGCUGAAUAGUAGGGAUGAUGAAAGUGAGUGGCCGGUCUCCGCUGGUGGCCUCUGUAAAAAGAGACAGUGGAUAUCCAUGUCAGCCUCGGAUCAUCAGCCGGACUCCAAGGGCCAGUGUCUGCGGUCAGCGGAGUGUGACUCGCCGAGCUGCGCUGAAGGAUCCAGAGCCAGAGCGCUGUCACUGCACCAGGUGACAGAUUGCCCUGGCCCCAUUUUGGAGGACCUCCAGGCACACGACUGUUCAUCAGAUUCGGCGCCAGCAGCAGAUGUCAAACACACCCAAACGCCACUGGUGAAGCGUCCCUGUAGGUCCAGUCCAGUGGUUUGCUCAGGACAAUCAGCUAGCUGCCUGUUUAAUAGCACCUUGUCGGACUCGACUGCUGGCCCUGGGGAUGAGGAGCGCAUGGGCAGAGGUUUCGUCUUAACUGGCCUCCAUGCUUGCGGAGACCUGAGCGCCACCCUCCUGCGCCAUUUUGUCAGCUGCCCUCGCGUUCAGGGCAUCACCUCGGUGGCCUGCUGCUACAUGAAGAUCACCACCAAGGAGAAUCCCUCUCCGCCUGGUGUCCUUGCUCCUCCUCCCACCGCCCAAUCGGCUGACGCCCUCACACCCUCUGACUUUGGCUACCCAAUGAGCGAGUGGGUGAGGGGAUUGCCCGGGCACCAGCUGUCCUAUAAGGCGCGAGAGGGGGCGUGCCACGCGGUGGAGGACUACGUCCACAGGCUCCGUGAGGAGAGCGAGCUGCUGAAGACGCACUGCUAUCGGGCUGUGCUGGAGACCGUCAUCCGGGCGUCGCGUCCAGACGUGCGCAGGGCCGGCAUCCAGACCAUCAAGAAAGCACACACCCUUCCCUUUGCAGAGUAUGCUCGACUAGGUCUGCCACGCGUGGGCCUACCUGCUGACCUGCCUCUGGACCAGGCGCGCGUGGACACUAUGCUGCAACAGCAGGGCCGUGUGGUGACCUACUUCAGCCUGGUGCUGCUGUUGGCCCCUGUGGUGGAGACUCUGGUGCUGCUGGACCGGAUGCUCUUCCUGCAGGAACAAGGUAUACCGAGCCAGCUGGUGCCUCUCUUUGAUCCUGCUUUCUCUCCUCGUAACCUGGUACUUGUGGCCGUGAAGCAGGGACUUACCCAAGGGGUAAAGGAUGCUUGUUGAACAUGGGAACGUACAAGAAGGUUUUUAUUAUACAACACAGGGCCAUCACUGUGCUUCACAAUGUCGAUAUCAUACGAGUUUCAUGUGUAGUACCGUCGACAGAGUGUAUUUACAGAUUAUGUUGGUUUGCAUUUUAAGGAAUUUUUAGUUUUCAGAGAUGACCGCAUCAAGUAUGCAUUUUUGGGGCAUAAUAUAUAAAUUAAAAUGUAUUACAUUUUUUACUGUAGAGUUUAUGACAAGUCAGACUGGACUCAUGGGAUACAGUCUUUUGGAAUAAAUGGUUGUAAUGUAUACUGUGCUUGUUGUAUGUAUGCGGUUGUAUACCAAACACACCUGUGAUUUAUUCAACAUUUUAAAUGUUUUGCAUAAUUCAUUGAACAGGUGGAAAGAUGAGACUAUUUAAGAACAUAUUAGGCAGUCUGUGCAUCUUAUUUGAAUGAAAUCAGUGUGGUGUAUUGAAAAGGUUAAAAACAUGUUUUUCAAACCAAAAUUCCAUUUACUGUGAUGUCUGUCUAAGCAUGUACUGUAUGCUCCUUCAAUUUCCUUGAGCUGCUCAGUGUUUAAGGUGAAAUUGGGUUUGAAAUUGUAUUGCCUGGGGGUCCAGUUAUUUUGUUUUGCUCUGGCAUAUCCAGUAGAUAGAAACCAUGGAAAGUUCUGCUCCCUGGGGAGCUGCAGAAGCCAUGUACCUAUAAAUAAAUGCAAAGAAAGGCCUUGGGUGGUUGUGUGUACUGAGAUUUUGGAUAGCUUUGUAUGUACUUAUAGUGCCUUCAUAGCCUCAAUGAAAAAUUCUUAUCACCUCUGAAGCAUAGAACUAUGUGUUUAAAGUGUCCCAUCAAAGUGAUAUUUAAAAACUCUGGUGAAAGGAUCAAUUUCAUUCCCAAUUUCUUUCAAGCCUCUGUUUGACAUUAUAAAUUACAAUUAGGUAUGGGCUACACAGGUUGUUUUACGUGAGUGACAGGUUAAAUAAUAGACUGCAGUUCUGGCAGGCACCUGGUUCUUACAGCUUUGAUUUAAUCAGUGUGUUGGAGAAAAGGAACUUAGGUCAUACUCAAAAA